AUGGAUGAAGGUCACCAUGGUUUCCGAUUUAACCCGAUUCUCGUCGGCCUUUUUGGAGUUAUUGCCGGAGCCAUCAUGGUUGCUACUUAUCAUUUAGUUUUCUCUAUUUGCAAUUGCUGUCGCAGGCAGAUGCUGGACACUGCCAAUACCAGGCAAAAUGUUCAACAUAUUCAGCAGGAAAGGCCUAGUGACAGAAACAGGGGUAUUUCAACACCCAGGUUAAUCCCCAUAUUUAAAUACAGCAAAGAUUGCAAUGAAGACAUGUGUGCCAUUUGCUUGGGUGAUUUGAAGGAAGGUGAGCAAAUUCGGGUAUUGCCAGACUGUUUGCACUUUUUCCAUGUGGCAUGUAUUGAUACAUGGCUAAAUUUGCAUUCUAAUUGCCCGCUUUGUCGCGCUGAUACUUCCUCACUUCCAGAGCAGGUGGCCGUGUCUUUGCCGGAUUCUAGCAGAACACCACCCCUGGAACUCAGUAGAUUACCGGAUUUUGGUGUGUAA